AUGAGUGAAACUAAGUUGUGUGAAGGCUGGUAAGCAAUUGACUUAUAAUUGAGUUUGGAAGAAGUUUUGACCAGUAAUUAUUUGCUUCAUUCUCUCUAUUGCGAACGAAACAUCACAAAAUGCAAUAUCUGCGAUCAAAGAAUGGAUAUCAAUGAAUAGGAUGUCCAUAUGGACUCGCAUCAGAAAACUGAAUGCCUAUAUUGCUCUUAAAUGUUUGAAAAAAGACUCUUAGAAAUGCAUUAGAAUAAUUGUCCCAAUAAACCAGAGAAGUGCGGAUUCUGUGAUCUGAUGAUCAAUUUGGCAGAAAUGCCCAGACACCAAGCAAAUUGUGGUUCAAGAACCGAAUAAUGUUAAAUUUGCAAAAAGCAUAUACAAAAAAGAGGUAAAUUAUUAGUCCAUGCUUUAGAGUUCAAUUUACACAUUAGUGUUUGUGGAAUCGAUUAACAACCUCCCUCUAAACUAAAUAGAUUAAAGCGUAUUACCAGUGAACCUACCUCUGAAUAAUCUUCAGAUGAUGCAUCCGUCAAAGAAAUAAAGCAAGUCCCCAGAAGAAAACCAUAGAAAUAGACUAAACCAAAAUCAAAACAAAAAGAAGAAAUAUCCAAACAAUUUAAUGAUGACGAGGAUGAAGAUUUCUAAAAGGCCUUGUAAUUGAGUCUGAAUUAAAAAUGA